CGACGACGAUGAGGUCAGAUAGUGGAUACGCGCCACAGUUUUCCGGUCAUCAUCGUCACUUACGUAAGGGCUCAGUGUUUCUUGCUAAGUGAUCCGUAUUUUGGCCUCCCGAUUCGUUCUCUUGAAGAGUGUCCCGCAUUUCAAGCAGUGGGCGAGUGACGUGGACAACUAGGGGCGCCAGCACCAUUCCCAGAGACUCCCACGCAAGUAAAGAGGCGACGGACCACAGGAAAGAGGAAAGCAAGUCACUAAAUGGUGAACUAUUGAUUGUGUCAAGCAGCAAAGGCAAGCCUUCGAACAGACGUGAACGGCAACACGAUGAACACGAAAGAAAACAAGGGCAAGAAGGCGAACAAGGACAAAAAACAAGCUAGCGCAAAAACCAAGGAAGACGGGAAAAAGCGAACAAAGUCAUCCAAACGAUCAAAGUCAAAGGAUCCGUCCGCCUCGAGAGCGUCCAAGUCAGGGAAGAAGAAAGAUCGCACCGCAAAGAAACGCGGCGACAAAUCACGCGAUGGCACAGGGGCACCCUCCGAGGGUAAGCCAGUCUCGAAGAAAUCCAAACCACCCCAGCAAAAGGCAGCUUCGAAAAAGGAUGCCCCGAGCAGCCAUAAAACAUCGAAGUCCUCCAAGUCUCGCCGAAAAGGUGGAAAGGGCUCGAGCGUCAAGCGAAAAAGUGUCUUUAGCAAGCUAUAUAGGAAGCUCAGGGGUUCCAAGAGCAAGGCUAAGAAAUCGAAGAGAAAACCGAGCUCCAAGAGUGGCAAGGCGUCUGAAUCGUCUAAACUGACCCCGACAGCCAGCUUGACGCAACCUGUAGGAACCUCAGACGUGAAGCAGCCUCCUCCUGAAGACCUCGCGUCGUCCAGCAAAGUGCCAGAUCAUAAGGAAAGCGCGCCCGAAGACAAGGAUCUCAAACAAAAAGCAUCCGAGCCGACGAUGCCGGAUCAGAAAGCACCAGAGGCAAAAAUUCCAGAGGACAAGAUGCCGGACGGGAAAACUGUAAAGCCAGUGGAGGUUAGCGAGCCUAGCAACGCUUCUGUUCAGGAGGUGAAAGCGAGUUCGAAGGAUGCCGGGGUUGUCGACGCACCUGAGCAGACGGGCAAGCCUCAAGGCCAGAAAUCUCCCAAUGCUCUCAAAGAGCCUAUCGAAAAAGUUGACCAAAAAGACCCGGCUCUUGCACCGGCUCCAAAGCAAGGCGAUGAGAAGCUGCCUGAGACUUCAGGAGAACCGGCACCGGUGCAGCAAGACAAGCCAGCGACGUCACCGCCGGUAAAGACGGCAGCGUUGGAGGCUGUCCAGAGUGACAAUCGCGCUCCAAGCGUGGUGGAGGCGGGCCCGAUUGACGGUCAACAACAGCAGUCGUCCAAGCCCCGUGAGGAGGUCAUCCAGCCGGAACGGUUGCCCAUCAAGGACGAAAAUUGGCCGGACACCGCAGCCAGCACGAACUUCACCUGUCCAGAGGCAAUGGAAGCACGCAUCAAAGAUGGCAUCGUCCAUUCUCCCUGUCAGGAAUGCGAGAUUCCUGAGUGCUCGCUUUUCACUUUCGUCAAGAACAACAUGGAACCUUAUGGAGAGAAGAUAGCACUGAUCGACGGCAAGAAGCGACAGUCGUUCCGCGACGUACUGUCUAUGUGUGGUCGGUUUGCGGAGGGUUUCAGGCGGCACGGUGUACACAUCGGAGACAGCGUGCUGGCACUGAUCCCAAACACUGUCGACGCCCUCAUAGGCGCAUGGGCACUCAUCUUCAGCGGCAUCACGGUCGUCUUCCCAAACACCCAGCGAACCGAUGGUGAACUUCAGCACCAAAUCGAAGACUGUGGCGCAACAUACGUUCUUACAGAUUCCACACGCCUCAAUACAGUACGGAACAUCGACAAACACGGCAAGAUCAGGGUGGUGUUCUUGACGGACCGGGCAGAUGGCUGCGUCUCUAUCCUGGACUUCUCCGACCUUCCGUGUGCCGAUCUGGAAGCCCUGCCUCUUGGCGACACCAGAGAAGCUGUGGCCGCCAUAGGCUACACGUCAGGCUCCACAGGAGCCCCCAAGGGCGUGGUACUCACGCAGUACAGCAUCGUUGCCAGCAUCUGCACAUUCAGGGCGACGGAAUGCCUGGACGACAAAGACGUGUCCUUCAUCCCAGGGCACCUGUCUUUGAUCAGCUCUUCUCGCACCGCCCUCACGUACCUGUGCCUCGGAGCCACCACCGUGAUAGGACAGCCCGAGCAGUCGAUGGACUGGCUCAUCUCCGCCUUCAACCAACACAAGGUGUCCAUCGUCAUUGGGACGCCGCAGCUGCUGCACCAACUGGCUAAUUGCGCCCAUCGCAAUGGCACUGCUGUGCCGUCGCUGCGAAAGGUGGCCUCGGUGGGCUACUGCCUUCCGGCAAGUACGCGUGACGCUGUGCAGCGCGCCUUCACGCUCACCUGGCUGCGGCCGGGCUACGGGUUGACCGAGGCCUGCGGUAUUGUUGCCGCCUUCAUCGACGGCAAUUUCUCCUCCAACGUUCUGGGCUAUCCAGGACCCAUGGUGCAGAUGAAGGUCUUAGACUUGGAGUCAAACGAGCGGCUUCCACCUCGACGGCCCGGCGAGAUAGUCAUCAGGAUUCCAUCCAUGAUGAAGGGCUACCUCAACAAGCCAACGGAAACCGCGGAGACAAUUGAUAAGGAAGGCUGGCUUCGAACCGGAGAUCUCGGCUACUACGACGAGCGGGGCCAAUUUUACCUGGUGGAGCGGCUCAAGGAUCUGGUCAAGUGCGGCGGCACACACGUCGCCACGGCGGAGCUGGAAGAAGCGCUCCGCGCCUCUUGCGGCGUGCUCGACGCAGCCGUGGUGGGUCGGCCGCACGCAGCCUAUGGCGAGUCGCCCGUGGCCGCGGUAGUGGUGAGGCACGACGCCGACGCUACCGCCGACCACGCUCGGCAACUGCGGGAUAUGGUGGCCGCGAGGUUUCCGGCACACAUGCAUCUACACGGCGGCGUUGUUUUCCUCGGCCAGAUGCCUCGCGCUGCCAGUGGAAAGGUAGACAAGAGACUUCUCCGUGAAAUAUGCGCCGCCGCCUCCACGGGAAGCAAGACGGACUGGCCUGUGAUUUCAUUCUGCGCUACUGUGGCCGAAUGAAACUUGACUACUGCGUUGUCCGCAAACGGAACGCAGACUUGCGUGACCAUUUUCUUGGCACGUAGUUGCCAGGACACUGUAGACCCCCAAACCACGCAAUUAACAUGCUGAUAUGACACACUGGCGAACUACAAGUGUUAUAGCAAACAAGUAAUGCUCGGUUCUGCAAGCGCUUCAUUACGCUUAUAGGUGACAGACACCGAAGCAAGAAAGGGUAUUUGGGGAACGCGAAAUAAAUGUAUCAGGCUUGCUUACAAAUAUGUU